ACAGAGCUCUAGAGGCAUUCGCAAAACAUUACCAUGAAUGCAAUCCUGAUUUAGCUGAAUCGUACGAUUCAGCGUACGCUAUGGCUUUUUCCAUCCUACUGCUUCACACAGAUGCACAUAACAAGAAUGUGAAGCGCAAGAUGACCCGCGAUACGUUCAUCAUGAGAACUCGAUUGAUAGAAGGAGGAGAGAAUAUACCCGCAGAGAUUUUAGACGUUAUAUAUGAUAACAUUGUUAAUUGCGAGUUCCAGUACGCACAGCCCAUGGACCCUAUUCAAGAACGACAAUUAACCAAAGCUGCAGAUACCCGAGGGCAAACCUCGUGGCUCCCCAAGCUAGCUAAGCCAGAUGGACCGAGCAACCAGAUACCUGUCAACAAUGACUUGGAAGCUCAACUGGAGAGGCUAUUGCCUUCCGAUAAUCCAUAUGACUUCAAAGGCAGUUACUUUGACAUUGAUGCUCUUAGGCGAGCAUUUUCGCGCGCACCUUCGUUCACGUUGAGUGGAGUCAAGACCAAGCAAUCAAGCCCUCUUUCCGAUGGCCAGAGCAACAAAACUUCCAACGACUCGUCUUCUAUUUAUUCAAAAGUCACCAGUGUCUACAAGGAUGCGGGAUACAUGGUUCGAGUUGCGCAAGCCGGCGUUCUCGAUCGAAAAUAUGAACUCAUGCAAGGAGGCAAGCGAGCCAAUGUACGCGGAUGGCGAACCUUUGGUAUGAUCCUCAGUGGUAGUCAGCUCAUCUUCUUUGCCGACAUUUCUGCUUUCCUGGAUUGGUUCGACAUACCCAGAAGUGAAUCUUAUUUAUCAGAUAGGGCAAGUGUCAGCUUACCGGCGACCCCCACCAUCGAAAUACUAAACAGCACAGCACCGCCAAGUCCUGGUCAAGCAACUCCUCCUGAGCGAACGUCUUCACCUAUGCUUCGUUCCAGUACAUCUUUUGCCUCGUUCGCCCCUUCCAUCUCGACCACAUCUUCAUCCAUACCAUCAUCGUAUCUCAGACCGGUGCAGAUCAUAUCGCUCACUGAUUCUGUAUGCUUUUGCGAUCAGCAAUAUACCAAGUAUCCCAAUGCAUUCCGACUUCAUACAGGUGAUGGACAGCAAUUCAUUUUUAGAGCAGAAAACGAACAAGAAAUGUACGACUGGAUGGGUAAACUGAAUUAUGCCGCCAGUAUGAAGUCCACUGGAAUCCGAAUGACUAGUUCUCAUAACGGCAGUUCAAGGCAUAGUCGGCAUGAAGAUGUUAUUCGACGGCAAGAGCUGGUACACGCAAAAAUGGCAGAUCUCUCGGUUGGCAUUGACAAUCUUUCAAGGAGGAUCGAACAAGACCUCUAUUUUCGGCGCAAUUUGAUGGUGCUUGUUCCACUUCAAAAAUCUACUCGAGAAAAGAUCCUUCAAUAUGCAGAAACAACCAGCAGUCGAUUGCAAGCUUGUCGGUUACGGUACACCAAAUUGGAGUGCUAUAGAACCAUUUUAGAAAAGGAGCUCCGAAGCAUACGGGAAAGUGAGAUGAUUCGCAAGAUGGUGGGUGUGUCUCUGCAACGAACCCCUUCCACCGAUAGCGAAAGCCACGAAAUGCGAAACCGAAUGAGAAGGAGUUACUCAGCUUCACCUGGUUACCAGCGACAAUCGUAUGAUGCCAAUCACCCUGGUGGACCUAAAGUGCCUGCCCGUGGGUCCAGUUUGAUAGGUAUCCCCAAAGGAUUUUUCCUGGAAGGAAGUGAAGAGAAACUGAGAGACGAUCAAGCGUAUGAACGGCAAUCUCAUGAAAGCGAUAUCUCCAUUGGUAGUGUGAAUGAUAUGGAGAAAGACAAUGAGAAAAUAAGGCUGGUGAUUACGGAGCCUCCCAAAUUACCCGAUGCAAAACACGACGCGGAAACCCUCCGUCAGCGUAGCUAUAGCAAUGACGAGGUGACGAAAAACAAGAGUAUGUGGGAUUGGACCAGUAAACUUCGGGCGUUUGGAGGCUCGCAACAGCAAGAGGACAAACCCAUUCCUGUGCCUGCUGUUCAAGCUCUCAAGCAAACCAAGCUUAUGCGCCGUCGUAGUAGAAGUCACCCCACCAUGCCUGCUGGCAGAGAACAGGAUAAACCCUUAUUGCAAACCAAACCUGAAACAUCGAGACAAAGGAGCAAUUCCGAGUUAUCUUCUGUAGGAGAUGAGGAGGAACUUUGUGUCGAUGGACCUACUUCUUGGGAAUAACGGACGGCUUGGCGGGACUGGCAGGGCCAUCAUGCAAGCGACCCCAUUACUUGUGCAUUUUUUGUUUUUCAGCUGAAUGGACAUUAUUUAAUUUUUUUUUUUUUCUUUCUAAAAAAUAAAUAAUAGUGUAUUGAUUAUAUCAACA